UACUAGUAGAAGUGAGACCGGCGCCAUGUUGGAGGUGUCGCUGGGCAGGAACUUCUCCCACAGCGCCUUCGUGUUCAGAGGUUUCCCUGAGCUGCAGAAACACCGGCGGCUGCUGGCGCUUCCGUUCUCCGCCUCCUACUUGUCGGUGCUGCUGGGAAACUCUCUGCUGGUGUAUGUGAUCCACAGCGUGGGGAGUCUGCACAGCCCCAUGUACCUCCUCAUCUGCACACUCUGCGUCGUUGACAUCCUCACGGUGACCGCCAUCAUCCCCAACCUGCUCUUCAGCCUCCUGUUCGACUGGGACGAGAUCUCGUUGGCUGGCUGCUUGACUCAGAUGUUCUUCACUCACUUCCUGUCCUCGUUGGAGUCGACCUUGCUGCUGGCGAUGGCGCUCGACCGCUACGUGUCCAUCUGCCAUCCGCUGCGCUACACUGAAAUCAUGGACUCCUCCAUGGUCGUGAAGCUGCUGCUCUUCACUCUGGUCCGCAGCGGCUCCAUCAUGGCGACGCUGGUGGGUUUGGCAGGUUCGCUGCAGUUCUGCGGCACCAACGUGAUCCAGCACUGCUACUGUGACCACAUGGCGCUGGUCAGCCUGGCGUGCGGCAGUACGGAUAAAGACAGAGUGGCGGGCCUCGCUGUGAUCAUAUGCUUUGUGGGUGUGGACGUGACGCUCAUCUUCUUCUCCUACAUGAAGAUCCUGAGCGUCGUAUUGCGAGCGACGGCGGCCGGGGAGGACCGCUGGAAGGCGUUUCACACCUGCGGCACUCACCUGAUCGUCAUGAUGUGUUUCUACCUGGUGGGUACCGUCACCUUCCUCUCUAACAACGUGAACAUCCACAUACCGACGGACGCCAACACCUUCAUGGGCCUCAUGUACAUUCUGUUCCCAGCGACAGUCAACCCCAUCAUCUACGGCGUUCGAACUAAAGAAAUUCAACACGGCUUUUUUAGGAUUUUUAAACUCAGACUGAAGACUACGACGAUGAAGGUAAAAGUUUCUCCUGCUGGAAAAGGAUACUUCUGA